AUGGGUGGGGAGGAGAGGGGGCACGUCGUCUGGCGUAGCGGUUCGGCGUCGGCGUGUGGGAUUUCGAUUGUUUCGGCGGAGUCGAAUUUUGAGGGUUUUCGCUUGGAUGAGUUGUGCUUAUCUUAUCUGGGGAUAACUUCACCGCUGAGUCAGCUAUGCACGAUCACUCGGGCACAACACGAAUCCCUGCACCCAAAUAUCGCGGCCCCUACAGCAGAAUUUAUGCAAACAAUUCCAUUCAUUCAUCGCCAGGAUGCUAAUCGGGUAUUCGCUGGGGCGAGAUGCAAGUCUCAAGAGCAAGAACAGGACUGGAAAUACAACACAAAGAAGAAAGAUCAACAAAGCAUGAGUAGAAGCUUCAGUAGCUCGAGCCGUAAGGGUCCCAAUUUCUCAAAACAGUAUGCUAUACGAGUACAAGACCCUGCUCGGCAGCGUCAAGAACAGCACAGUCGAUUCAUAAUCGUGGCGCAUUCAGCCCAGAGAUGGACGCAUGCUGAAGACGGCAAAUACAAUAGCCGUAUGGCAGGCGAAUGGGCGUACCUUAGCUUCAUAGAUCACAUGUCUGAUCAUAGUCUUAAACGAUCAUCUGCGCAAGACCUUGGCCGCCCAAACCGCAAUCAAACUGGUAGCGGACUUGAUAAGACUAAGCCAUUGCACAACACUCAUAACUGUAUACAUUGCAGCGCGCAUCCAGUUUGUGGUGAAGCGUCGGAUAAAUGCAUCGAACUUCGUGUAAGAAAUGCAGGUGAGUACUCACAGGCACAGAACACUAAAGAUGAUGAUCACGACGUCGAACGAGAAGAUGUUGGCGAUACCGAGAGCCAAGCACAAGACGAUGCAGAUCACGCCCGUCCUACUACACGGUUGCCCAAGGCGGCAACUGAUGGAGGUCCUUUCAUGACAGCGCCAAGCGCUGAAGAUCCAGGCAACCAUGAUUUGUUUUCGCAAAUGUUGCAAAGGCGCACAGUUGGGCAGCAGCGGGCGAGAAAUGGAACAGAGAAGAGCGGUAAACAAGGCAAGUCCGUACUGAAGUUUCUCGAGCGGAGCUCCUCGGCGAGAGUCAUGGUGCCGGACGAAGGUGCAGGAUACCGGUAA